UAAUACUCUUGUUUAUAUUUAUUUAAUUAUUAUUUUGUUUAUUUGAUGUUAAGUAGAAAUUUAAAUUGGUUUUUCCAAUUUUAGAAAUAAUGAGGAUUAUAUAUCGACAUUGCUGCAAAUCUAUGCUUAAAGAUUUUACUCCGCAUUCUACAGUUAGAAUUUUUAAAAAUAAUGUCCAAAAAUUAAAAAAUAGUGAAAUGAAUGAGUAUAGAGAAAAUGAAAUGAAAAUUCAAAUGAUAUCUCGAAAUUUAUUUAAUCAAAUAUUUAAAAAUGAACAUUCACCAAAAAUUGAUGAAACAAUAGUUAAAAGAUGUUUGCAAGAGAUAAAGAAGUUUGAUAUCGAUAUUGAAAAUAGUCCAAAAUUAGAGGACGUUUAUUUGAAAUUACCCAAAUUAAAGGGUCAGUCAAUUGAAGAACAUUUUUAUCAAAUUGCAAGAGAACAAUCUGACCCAUAUCUUCUAUUAACAGAAAAUUUAUUGGUAGAUAUUCCUGAUCGUCCAAGAAAAUGGAAUUUUGAAUGUGGUUGGACGAAGUAUUCACAAAAUGGAACUUUCGAACUUGUAGAUUAUCCGGACGAAAAUGCUCUUAUCUUAGAUGUAGAAGUUUGCAUGUCAGUCGGUUUAGGACCGACAAUAGCAUGUGCUGUAGGAAAAAAUCAUUGGUAUUCUUGGUUAUCAGAAGAUUUAAUAACUAGAGGUCAAGUUAAUGCAAAUAACUUAGAAUCUAAGAAAUAUUUCUUUAAAGAUCUCAUACCUUUGGGGAACGUUAUGCCUAAAUUAAUAAUUGGACAUAACGUUUCAUAUGAUAGAGCUAGAAUUAGUGAACAGUAUUUAAUAGAAGACACAAAGGUGCGAUUUUUAGACACUAUGUCAUUACAUGUUUGUGUUAGUGGAAUAACUAGCUAUCAAAGAUCCAUGUUGAAAUCAAAACAAACUUUAGACGAAGAAGACAAUAUAUGGUCUUCACAAAGUUCAUUAAAUAGCUUAAAAGAAGUUUAUAAAUUAUACUGUAAAAAGGAUUUACAAAAAGAGGAGCGCGAAAUUUUUGUAAAAGGCACUUUAAACGAUGUUUGGGAAAAUUUGGAAACAUUAAUAAAUUAUUGCAGUUCAGAUGUAGUGGCUACCCAGGAUGUGUUUAGGCAACUAUUUCCCUUGUUUAAAAAUCGUUUUCCACAUCCUGUAACUCUGGCUGGUAUGCUAGAAAUAGGAUCUGCAUAUUUACCCGUAAAUGAAAACUGGAACCGCUAUAUAGAAGAAGCAGAUCUUACCUAUAUGGAUUUAGAUAUUGAGGGUAAAUACCAUUUAGAAAAACGUGCUAACGAGGCUUGUCAACUAAUGCAUAAUAAAGAUUAUGAAAAAGAUUUAUGGAUGUGGGAUCAAGAUUGGUCGACAACCACUCUCAAAAUGAAGAAAGGUACUAAGAAUCUAAGAGAAAUGCAAAGUGCAAAUACUCUCAAAAGUAAGUCUGAGAAUAUAGAUCAUCAAAAUACUACAGAAAUUAAGGAUGAAAGUGUGGAAGAGGAUUUGUUGGCACAAAAAUUCCAAUACUUGUACGAUCAGAAAGUAAAUAUUCCUGUAAGGAGGCCACUACUUGUUGGUUAUCCCAAUUGGUAUAGGAAAUUGUGUUCUAAACCCAAUGCGCCUGACUGGUUACCAGGUCCCAAUAAUAUUGGUACCGGUAUGCAAAUAGUUCCAAAACUUUUAUCUUUAAGUUGGGAAGGGUAUCCGUUGCACUAUAUAAAAGAUCAUGGUUGGGGAUUUUUAGUGCCUUUCCAAGAAAAGCAUUCAGAUACUGAGUCUGGAAAAAUACCCAUUGAGCAAUUAAUUCAAAAAUGUCCACUAAUUGAAACUGAUCUUGUGGCUUCAGAGCGUGAAAGUUUGUACGCUUUUGAUAGUCUCACUAAAGAUGUGGAGCAUAACAUAAGUAAAAGAGAUUAUUAUAAAAAAAAAGUGAAAAAAGAUAAAACAUAUGGAAAGUAUACUGGAACAGGCGUAUGGUGUAAUACAGUUUUAGAAGGUGUCUGUUGGUUUUUUAAAUUGCCACACAAAAAUGGACCAUCAUUUCGUGUUGGUAAUCCUAUGGCUAAGGACUUUUUGAAUAAAUUUUCGGAAAAUGUUUUAACUGGGGAUGGAAGUAAUACGGCCGAGCGUGUAAUUGAAAUCGCUAAAAUGUUAUCAUAUUGGAGAAAUAAUCGUGAUCGAAUUCAAAAUCAAUUUGUGGUUUGGAUACCACAUAACAAAUUACCGUACCAUUUAAAAAGCUCCAAAACUGAAUAUGGAGCUAUAAUACCUCAAGUUGUAGUGUGUGGAACUUUAACACGCAGAGCUAUGGAGCCAACAUGGAUGACCGCCAGUAACGCUCAAAGUAACAGGGUCGGUUCAGAAUUACGAGCUAUGGUUCAAUCUCCCAUUGGCUACAGAAUCGUUGGUGCGGACGUAGAUUCUCAAGAGCUAUGGAUAGCAUCGGUAUUAGGAGAUGCCAGUGCUUAUAAAAUGCAUGGUGCAACACCGCUAGGUUGGAUGACUAUAAGUGGCACCAAAUCAGAUGGAACGGAUAUGCAUUCUGUCACUGCAAAAGCAAUAGGGAUUUCAAGAGAUCAUGCUAAAAUAAUAAAUUAUGCAAGAAUAUAUGGUGCUGGGCAAAAUUUUGCUGAAAGACUACUUAAGCAAUUUAAUCCGGCCAUUUCUGAUUCCGAAGCCAAAUCAAAAGCACAGAAGAUGUUUACACUUACCAAAGGAAAAAAAGUAUAUGAACUUAAAGACGAAUUUCAGAAUAUUGCAUAUAAAAGUAAAAUGUUAAGCGGAUAUGAAGCAUUAAAAAUGGCGGCAGCAAGUAAUACUUCUGUACCAGAAAUGUUUAAAAAACCUAAAUGGGAAAAUGGAAUUGAAAGCGCUAUGUUCAACAGAUUAGAAGAAAUUGCUGGAAGCAAAGAUCCUGUCACACCCUUCCUGAAUUGCCGCUUAAGUAGGGCAUUACAGCCACAAUUUGAAGAGGGAGAAGCGAAUGAUGAUAGAUUCUUGCCUACCCGCGUCAAUUGGGUGGUCCAAAGCGGUGCUGUAGAUUUCUUACAUUUAAUGUUAGUUUCAAUGCGAUGGUUAAUGGGAAAUAAUUUAAGGUUUUGCCUUAGUUUCCACGAUGAAGUACGGUAUUUAGUAAAAGAGAAUUUGGUUUAUAGAGCAGCAUUAGCAUUACAUGUAACAAAUUUAUUAACACGAUCUUUUUGUGCAAGUCGAAUUGGUCUAAAUGAUUUGCCACAAUCAAUAGCUUUCUUUUCUUCCGUAGAAGUAGAUAGAGCCUUAAGAAAAGAAUCAAAUGCCGAUUGUAAAACACCGUCAAAUCCUCACGGCUUGAAGGAUGGUUACGGCAUUCCGAAAGGAGAAUCUCUAGAUAUUUAUAAAGCUAUUGAAAAAUGCGGAAGCAAUGAUAUUUCAAAAUGGUCUUGGCUGAGAGAUAAGAGAAAACUCUGAAAUGAUAUACAUAUGUAUUUGAGAUUGAAAGUUUAAACUUACAGAAAUAUCAUGCAAAUUUUUUAAAAUAUUUUUGUGAAAAAUAACUUUGUUAAAUAGUUAUUU